AGCUUGUGAAUUUUCUGUAAUCGUUGUAAAGUUGGACUGUUCAUCGAUUUCUAAUGCUGUUUCAACACUAAAUUAUAGCUCCAAAAAAUCAUGAUGCGCGCCGCCGUAUGAACUGCAAAAGUAUCGUACUCGUAUAAAUGCAUUACAAUUACAAAUUUCCUCAGCAUGAGAAAUAAAAUUUGUAAUUGUGAUCUACCUUACGAAAACGAUCUGUAAUGCAUGAUUGCAAUACGAAACUUUUGCGCAGGAUACGCCGUGUGGUCCGCGAGUGAUGCGGUUUGUGUCAAGGAGCUUCCGAAUAUGAGACAAAGUGCACAACUCCCAGUCCCGCUCAUUCGUAUUGCAUGACCUGCAACAGAAGCAAUGCCACACUCACUUGUAGCUUUUGCAUGACAAUAAAUCCGGAAUAAAUGGAUUGUAGUCCUGUUUGGGCCGCGUCCAAAACUUAUGUCAUGCGCAGAGUGUUUGAGGGCAAGAGGCACGACAUUCGGUAUUUUGCACGACAAAGUGGGGGGAGGGGGAGUUAAGUAUGCACUGUCAUACCGAAACCAACACUUGCUCCAGGGCGAUCAUCUCCUAACGGGGCGAAAAAUCCGGACGUACUGGUAUGACCUGCUCAAGCGUUACAAUCUCAAGCGUUACAAUAGAGUCUGCAAUUUGUGUUGCAUGAAGAGCAUGAGGAACGCAGAGAGAAUUGAGCUUUUUGCAAUACAAAUCUUGCCGUAUUUCAGGUGGGUUUGGGACUCCACAACUUGUCAUGCGCAAUCCUAUGAAAUAUUGGCUAGAUAAUGCAGUUAUUGCAUCACAGGUUUCCAGAUUCUAUUCGUAACAGUUGAGAUUGUAACGUCUGAGCGGGUCAUAACUGGUGCAAGUAAAGGCCUUUGGGCUGAACCCGGUCGACUACAAGAUCCGCACCUGGGCGUGGCGGUGGUUUCGGCAGCCGACACUGGGACGGGAUUUCGCCGGUGUGGUCGUGGAUAUCGAGAAAGGGGAAGUUGGAGAAGAUGAAGCCAUUGCAAUGGCCACGCCCUCUCCUGUUGUUCCAGCUGCACAUUCGACGCAGCAGCAGCAGAGACCUUUGCUGAAAAAAGGCGACUUUGUGAUGGGCAUUGGCAACAUGGACGCGGGGGCGGAGUUUGUGAAAAUCAAGGCUUUAUCAAAAGGGAAAAUCCCCCCUCCCCAUAUCGAAAACGUAUGUUUCCGAAAAUUUGUGUUGCUGCUUUGAGACCACAAAUCACGUCUGUCUUGCAAGAAGACAAGUGCAGAGGCUUCCGCGCCAUUAUGGAAGCGAUUUGGCAUGUUGCUGUUGGGCCUAGGGGGCAGCCGUUUGUAAUGCUAAACAUCAAGUAGACCCAAACGCCCCUGCCUAGGCUGAGGAUCUGGCUGCGAUGCCUUACUGCAAGACAGUGCGCAUUUGUGUACGGAAACCCAGCAUCAGAAACUUCGUCUCGAUAUUGGGAGGGAAGACUUUUCCUUUUGAUAGGCUUCCCGGUUGGUGAAAAAGCCAGCGACCCUGUCCUUUUCCGAGGCGGCGGGUGUUUAUUGAGAGGAAAAAUGCCCCCUCCCCAUAUUGAAAACGCAUUCGUCUGAAAAUUUGUGAUGCAGAUUUGAGGUCACAAAUCCUGUCUGUCUUGCAAGAAGGCAAAGCCAGAGAGUCCGCCGCAUUAUGCCGGCGGUUUGUGAUGCUGUUGGGCUUACACAGCCGACAUCUGUCAUGCUAGUCCCCCUACGUCAAAACCUCUCGACCCAGGCUUGGCAUAUGCCUGCAGUCCUCCCCAGCAAGACAGACCUGAUUUGUGUACGCAAAUCCAGCAUCAGAAACUUCGUUUCGAUAUGGGGAGGGGGGAUUUUUCCCUUUGAUAGUGUUGGCGUGGUGUACAUGACCGGCAUCUACGGAUUGUUCGCCAAAACGCCGGCCUCGCAGAACGGAACGAAUCGGACUGCCUUGAUAUGCUGUGCAAAAGUAUCGUACUCGUGUAAAUGCAUUUCAAAUAAUUUCCUCUUCCCCAACAGCAUGACAAGGAAUAGAAUUUGUAAUGCUGAUUUAACUUAAGAAAAAGAUUUGUAAUGCAUGAUUGCAAUGCGGGUGCGAUACUUUUGCAUAAUGCAUACUUGAAGGAGAAGGACAAAAUCCUCAUUCUGGGCGCUUCCGGCGGAACCGGUUCAGCCGCCGUGCAACUGGGAAAAUCCGUCGGAGCCGUCGUGUACCUAUGCAUAAUUGCAAAAGUUUUAUUACAGUCGCACAACUACGAGUAGUAAUUGCAAGUAUACUGCAUGACGAUAUUAAAUCUUGUUUCUUAGAGCUUAGUUCUGGGUCAGCAUUACAAAUUUUAUUUUUCUGGCGGAAGUAGAUGAAAUUUCAAUUUGCAUUUACUUUUGCGCUGCGAUUUCUCAACCUUGUGCGACAAUAAGUACAACUCUUGCAAUGCAUAGUACGCAGUGUGUAGCAAGAAGAACGCGGACUUCGUGAGGGACCAAUUGAAGGCGGACUUCGUAUUUCCCUACGACGGAGAGGGCAACGCAGGCCCCGCUUCGGCUUCCCUCACAGACAGGAUCCAGCAACAGCUGCUGCGCGAUGAAGAACAUGAGGGGGGAACCAUGACAAACGACGGAAAGAACGCAAAUGCGGUAGAAAGAGCAGACGGUAGAAGAAGCACCAUCACGACCGGAGAAGGUAGCUUUGAUCUCAUCUACGACACGGUUUCGUCAGGCGACGGCAUGGACACCGACUACGAGCCGAUUUUUUUGCAGCGCAAAAAUCGACCUGGGUCUGGAUUUGUCAUGCGAGAUUCGAAGGACAAUCUAGAUCCGUGAUGCAUGAAUACAGGUUGCCAGUGUAGUACUGUAGUUUUUGUCGCACUUCUAGAGGCAAAAUUUGUCGGGCAUUUUGCGAAUGAAAGAUCCGCAAGGAGGUGAGGAAAAUUUGUCAGGCUGUUCUGCCGUAAGAGGGCCAGUCUGUAUAUGGAAGAAGUAUGUAUAGUGCUACAUCAGUUUGUUCAGUACUAGAGACUGAAAUUUCCAGACCCAGGCAAGAACACAUUUGCAAUGCAUAAUCUUCCGGCCGUUGCUAAAAAAAGGCCACUUUUACGUCGCCCUGAACUCGCCGAAUAAACUGGACUGGGUACGGGCGUUGCUGUCCACGGGCACUGGGAAGCAGUGGAACCGCGAAGGCUACGACCUGUUUCUGCCGACGCCGACUGUGCAAGACUGGCAGUGGCUGCACGACUGGUUCGAAAAAAACGCGGACAUAAAACCGAUCCUCGACUCCGUCUUUCCGUUCACCUCAGACGGUGUAUGAGAGUUGUGCACAACUCGUCCCCCUGCUCCAACUCGUCUGCCAUGCAAGGUAGCAAAUCCACCAUAUCCACACGUUGCCGCCCCUUGGCACUGCUUGCAUGACAGGGCGUUCCGGAAGCCACAGCUGCACUGAAUAAAAUCCUGUGCAAAUAAUUUAUUUUUCAUGCAAAAGCUGCAGUCUUGUUGUCGCUUGUAUUGCUGUGCAUGCCAUGCAAACGAGGUGGGGGGGAGUCGUUGUCGUGCACUCUCAUACGGGGUCACGGACGCGGUCAAGCGGGUGCAGAGCCGGCGGGCAAAGGGCAAGGUUGUGGUGGAGAUCAUGGGCGAAUGAUGAAAGGUGUGAUAUAGUGGUACUAGUACAUCAGCUUGUACUGGAGUAGAGCGGGAGGAGCUCUGGAUUGUUUGUUGAUGCUCAUCAUCAUCUUCCUUCUGCGCACUUCCACAAGGACCGUACUUAGAAGAUACAUGUACUACACUCAGUGGAUUCGCAACAGAAGAAGCGGGCGCAAUAUUUUUCGCUCGGUUAGCUCGUUUCAUUUAGACGCCAGUCCGUCCUUCAUGGAUGGGGAUGAUUAAAAAAAGCAGACUUGUUGAAAGAAAUCUGUACUCCGAUCGCAGAAGU